UACCACGUACCUAACACAUCAUAGUAAGUAUUUUGUACCAUACUUUGUCUACGCUGUCUACCCUUGUUCUCCUUUGCCUAUACCCACCCAGUUCCCAAGGUUACGAGGUAACAAUGUAUACCUGCAUCUGUAUCUGACUUCUCUGCCCUUGUCCCUCGGUCUCGAUUUGAUCACAAUCCCUACACGUACGUGUACAUACAUAGUACAGCAUAUAUAUAUGCACCAUCCAGGUUGCCGCCUUGAAUCUAUACCCACACCCCCUUGGUUCUUCCUUGCCCCUUGUCUUACUUUGCCCAGAUCUAGCAGCAACGGAAGCAGCAGUAGCAGUAGCAGCAAGCAGCUUACACGCCAGCUAGCCCGAUCAACCAAUAGCCGGCGCACCACCUUGCAUCGGCACCGGCAGCAACUAAAACAACUGCAGAAAAACUUGAUAUGAGCUGUGCAGAAUCAGAAAGUGGGAUGGGACGGCGGUUAGGCCGUAAAGAAACUAGCGACGAUCGCGCACAACUCGGCGCCAGCAGCAAUAGCGCUUCUCUCUCUGCUUCUUGUCCUUCUGCAGUUGCCGCUACGGCUGCCGUCGGCAACUCGCCCAGAGAAGCUGUCACUCCUACCGGUGAACAAAUGGCCCACCACCACCAACGAGAGGGGCAGCAUCAGCGCCAGGUGAUGCACGACGAUACUGCUCCCAACAACUCCUCCACCUCCACCAGUUCGCAUGGCGCGGCUAUACGGGAACGGCAGGACCGCGUUUCCCCAACCACCGCUGCUCCAGCUAACUAUCCCGGUUCCAGCCCUAACGUUGGCACCGACUCUGUCGCUGCUGUAGCUGCUGGUACUUCUAGCGCUAAGGACGCGAACGCCGCUGAGUCCUACGAGCAGCAGCAUGUGCAUAGCGUCUACGAGACCAUCGCAUCGCACUUCUCGUCGACGCGACACAAGCCGUGGCCUUUCGUCGCUUCUUUUUUGGAAUCGCUGGCCCCUGGUUCUGUUGGGCUAGACGUCGGCUGUGGAAACGGCAAGUACCUCGACGUGAACCGAGACAUUGUAAUCAUCGGCUCGGACCGCAGCGCUAAUUUGGCGCGGCUGGCCCGAGACCUCAAAGUGGUAAAGGGAACAACGACGACACCAACGACACCAACUAAUAGUGGUGCCGACGUAGCAGGUAUCGCGGACAGCUUAGCGCUCCCAUUUGGCGGCGCGAGGCGACGCGUAGACUUCGCGAUUUGUAUCGCCGUCGUCCACCACUUGUCAACGCGGGAGCGGCGCGUCGAGGGUGUGCGCGCCCUACUCGACUGCGUCCGUCCGCGCAGCGGCAAGGUGCUAGUGUACGUCUGGGCCCUCGAGCAGGGGACUAGCCGCCGCGGGUGGGACGAGGGAACUGCAGAUCAGGAUCAGCUAGUGCCGUGGGUGAUGAAAUCGAACAAGCCCAAGAAACAGAAGAAAGCUGAAGAAAAGGAAGAAGCUAGCAACAAAAAAGAAAUGGAAAAGGAAAAUGGCGAGAGCGUGGGCGCUAGUACGUUCCAGCGAUACUACCAUCUGUAUAGAAAAGGGGAGCUGGAAGAAGACGUUCAGGCAGCUGGAGGUGAGAUCCUAAGCAGCGGCUAUGAAAAGGAUAAUUGGUGGGUUAUAGCAAGUCCUAGAGGAGAGGAAGAAAGAAAACAAGACUGUUCGCCGUCUAUAGAAACCCGAUAGCGAUUAAUGUUGUGUAUCACGCGCAGGGUUACACAAGGAGUAGGCAACAACGGUCUGAACUCUUUAUUUUGGAAACAGUAUUAGAAUUAUACUGUACGUGCAUCGUGCAGCGUACGUUGAUUCAUA